AGCGCUCUGGUCUGAGAAUCGAAUAGCAAGGCCAAAAAGCGCUGCAUUUCGCAUUCCUCGCAAAUAUUCGAAGCUUACGUGCCAGUGCCUCGGUGCCUAGGAGUUAUGAAUUCGACUGCAUAGCUCACAGGGGGCCAGGAUGCUCACGGCAGCGCUUCUGAGCUCGUACGCGGCCAUCGAUGCCGCAUUUUGGGCCGACGUGGACAGUCGAGUCGGUGCCGCGGCCACGCCGCGGUUCCGGCAAUAUUGUGCGAAUUUCCGCGACGCGUGGGCUGCGGAGGCGGCGCCGGACCCGGCCGCGUCCGCGCUGGACGACGAGGUAGCGCGACCGUCGUUGCUGGACACGGGCCAGUUUGUGGCGCGCCACGCCGGAGCGUUCCCGGGCCUGACCGCGCGACCGUUCUGGGACGCGCGAGAAUUUCCAUGGCUCGAGCCGCUGGUCGCGGCCGCGCCGGCGAUGGCGGCGGAGCUUGCGAGCGCGCGGGGCGACGCCUACGAUGUGGCGAUGGCGCCGGGUCGGGCCGUGGACGUCUUCUUUGAGGACGGCACAAGCGAUACUGGCACGAUCGACCGCCGCGUCGAAAGCUCUUGCGAGGACGGCACGAGCGAUGCCGGCACGAUCGACGGCGUCGACGCAUCUACCUACGACGUGCGGUACGCCGACGGCGAGGUCGAGCGUCUCGACCGCUCGCACGUGGCGCCGCGCGGCUCGGCCUGGCUGCGUAAAUUGCGGAAGCGGUACCCCUGGCCCCGGGCCCUCGAGGCGACUGGCUUUGAGCACUUUUCGGUGGCGCGCGCUCUCGCCAGCGCCGAGCUGUGUGGAAAUCAACCAGUACGGAGACAGCGUCGGCGCGGGGCGCCAAAAUUUGAUUUCCACAUAGGUGCCGAGAAGGGCGCGUUCACCGCCACGCGCGCCGCGCUGCGCACCUGCCGCGACCGGGCGCCCGCCGCCUCCCGCGGAGGCCGCUUCCACCAGUACGGGAGCCCGCGCUUCGUGGGCUACUCGCGUCAUCGGCCGCGGUCCGUGCUGGCCGCGCACUCGGACCUCUGGAACUGGUGCCUGACGGCCCACGUGCCCCUCCAGAUGCCGUCGACGCCGCGGCCCGGCACGCGCGUCGACCCGCCUUCACUAGAAGCGCAGGCCGCCGUCGCGCCGCGGCACACGCGCUCGGGUGGCGCCGUUGCAGCCAUGGACCGCGCGACGUACGCCGAGGCCCUCUGGGGAGAGGAAGGCGAGCGCGUGGGUAGUGGUGCCGCUGGCAUGAUCGUCGCGGGCGAGGCUAGGCCCUGGACGGAGCCCCUCGUCUUCGACACGUCCUUCGUCCACAGCGCCUACAACGACGGCGACGCGCCGGCCGACUACCUGCAUAUCGACUUCUACCACCCCGAGCUCACCGCCGACGAGCGGCGCGCCCUCUCCAUCUUCCAGCGGUGCCAGGGCCGUUGGAAGAAGUCCCGCGCCGCACUCGCUCUAGCAGCGUAACGGAAACACAGCAUG